ACAUUUCAAUACAGUAUAGCCGAAGAAUCAAACAGCAGACCGGUUUGGGUACAUGCUUGAUUGAAACUGGUUCAAGCUUCCCGGAACACACUCAGUGCACGACACGUUCCGAGUUAAAGCGGAAACAAAAAUAUAUAACAGCUAACUAACUAGAAUGCUAUAUAGCUAGGGGUGAUAAGUAAGUUGUCACUUAUCAAUCAAGUGCAUUCAUCUCAUUGAAAGUAACGGGUCUACACAGUGGGUUAAAUGUUUUGAUUCGCAAAGAUACGAAUCAAACCAAUGAGUUUGUAGCAGACGUGAUAGUCUCGUGAUAUUGAAGAUUCAUAAGACAUUAUGUUGAAAAAUGUGAUAGAUGGUGAGAUGAACAUUCCUCAGCUUUAUGACUCCAGUACAAACGAGUUCUUUAGUACAGUAAGAUGUUUGAUAAUGUUGCCAGAAGUAACAAAAUAAUGAAAGAUUUCAAAAUGGCUAACAUGCGGACAACGUCAGGAACAACUGAUAACAUUUCUGUGGAGUCCCAGUCACCUAAUAUUAACCAACUGAAGUCUCUCUUCAUGUCACCCACAGAGUUGCAGUCAUCCACCUCAAAGAAAACAGCGACAGAAAGUUCUACCUCGGUGCCUGCACAAAACCUGCGAAAAAGUAAUACAAAGAAAGUUUCAGAAACUUUCAAACCGAAAUUAGAAAGUAAUGACUCUACAAUUGUCUCUAAGAGUUCUUUGAUCAAACCGAAAUCAGAAAGCAAUGGCUCUACAACUGUCUCUAAGAGUUCUUUGAUCAAACCGAAAUCAGAAAGCAAUGGCUCUACAAAUGUCUCUAAGAGUUCUUUGAUCAGACCAAAAUCAGAAAGCAACGACUCUACGAAUGUCUCUAAGAGCACAUUGAUCAAACCGAAAUCAGAAAGCAAUGGCUCUACAAAUGUCUCUAAGAGUUCUUUGAUCAAACCGAAAUCAGAAAGCAACGACUCUACAACUGUCUCUAAGAGUUCUUUGAUCAGACCAAAAUCAGAAAGCAACGACUCUACGAAUGUCUCUAAGAACUCUUCGAGCGAAACUCCUGAUAGAGGAAGCGUACUCAACAUGAUUAAGUUAUUUAAUGUUCAAGAUCCCACAGAAAACUCUAAUGCUAAUCAAUCAGAAAUCCUGAUUGAAUUUGGAGACGACAUCACGGACACUUCCAAAGUUGGUGUCAGAAAACUUAUAGAAGCUACCGAGAGCAAGAAUGUAAAACCGUCUAACAAUAAAAUCAAACAACAAGACAAAAGAAACAAUAAUUGUUUAUCUAAAACUAACCCCAGCCAAUCAAAUUCAGUUCCAGAAACAAAUGUCAAGAAGCCUAAAAUCUUAGAGAAUUCGCAGAAUCCGGUAGAGUCAGGGGACGUAACUACUGAGACCACCAUUUUAGACGUACGAAAACUGAUAGAGGCUUCAGAGUCCAAGAAUGUCAAACCCUUUGAUAAUAAAAACAAGUCCAAAGAUAAUAGCAGCAAGAAACAAGUUCAAUCCAAAACUGGUUUAAGCAAAACAAAUCUGAACUUGGACAUAAAGACUGAGACAACUGCUAAUGUAGUGAAAUCUAAUAUCAAAAACAACUUCGAGGCGAAAAAAGAUUCUACUAAAGAAAUGUCUCCGUGCAGUGAGCCAAUGAUAAACAACAAAGCGUCGCUUCUUUCCAAUUCUCAGCUUGAACUUUUCUUGACAUCGAAAGACUCUGAAGAUUCAACAAUUAUAAAACCUUCCAUGUUAAAAGGUGGGUCACGACCUGCAGCUAGUGAACAAAAUGUAUCCUUAGAGUCCAAUGACGUAACUGUUUUGACAUCUGAAGAUCAAAAGACUGUCUUUGACAAUGAAGUACCAGCAGACACAAACAAACAGACUAAGUUGUCCGUAUCGUCUGAUGAAAGUUAUGAUGAUUUGACGGAUGAUGUCCCUUUGACUAAAGCCACUUUGCCGCUGUAUAUCAACUAUCCUCCAAGUGCAGACAAGGGCAGUGUCAUGGUACUCUUGUUUCAUCAGAUGGACCUGGACAUUGUCGUCGCAGCCAUCAAGAACAAGACGAGGAAACUGGUCAAGGUUGGAGGACAGAUCCUAGCGUACAACCCACAGUUGUUUAUACUUCCGGAGGAGACCGACACCUCCGCCAUCUUUAUUUACUUCGCGUCCACUGACUCAGGCGUCACUUGGCUCGAGUCAGUAAAGGCUCGUGACUCACAGAUCAAAAGUCUCUGCUGGGCCAUGAUUGGUGAGAACUCGGUCAUCCGAGGUCGGCCCGCUCCUCCUUCCGCAUACACGGCCUUGAGCAUCACCCUGAUGAAACGUGACGACACUUUCCAGGCCAGCUCUUCCUACACGGAGAAGUUCCAGAAGCUGAAGGAACAAGUUGUGGCUCCCAUGAAAGAAAAGCACGGAGGCCGGACGCUUUUGUCGGCCCGAGGCGUGACGUUCGCAGCUGGAGACUGGUCCAGCCUGGGAGUCCAGGCGAACGAAUUAAGCUUCGUGGUGACCCAGUGGCCAAGUCUAGAGAAGAAUUUUAAGAAGUUCAGAAAGAGUUUCGAAGCCAAUAAAGAUUUGAGUCGUUUCUGUUCUCUCCACGAGAAAAGAUUUAGAAAGAUUUUAACCGCGGAGUUUGAUAUUGGGCAAAUACAAUUGGUUCAGUCGGAAUAAACCGAAUUUAAAUGUUUUAGACGGAACAAAGUACAUCUAUUUCAGAUGUUUUAGAUGGAACAAAGUACAUCUAAUUCAAAUGUUUUAGACGAAACAAAAUAUAUCUAAUUCAGAUGUUUUAGACCAAAAACAUUAUAAUUGGAUAGUUGUGUGAAGUUCUAGAAUUGCUAUGAAUUUGGUAUUAAUCUGGAUGACUAUAAAGGCCCAACAUAAUCCAACGAUGUACUUUUGCUCUUCGAUUAAAUCAAACUCCUGAAGUGAAGAGUUUUUAUGGUAUGUGUAACAAUUCACGGCCUGGUUCAACGUUUCACAGUUCAUGUUGCACACCCUACCAUGCGUGGAGGAACUCGCAACUUGAUAAAAUUUCAUGUCUAAGACAUCGACAGCCAUUAUUGACAGUUGUCAAGUCAACGUUGUUGUGAGGUCAAUGAGGUUAAAAAUAUUCGUGUAGGAUAUCAAUUACUUGUGAUAAAAAGAUAAUCAAAAUACGUCUUUUCUAGCUGCCACAGAGAGUUACAGGCAACAAGAUUUUACAAUCAUAAGCAGCAUAAAAAUGCAGAGAAAGUUAAACAGAAAAAGACCUCAUGUUUUUUUUUUAAAAUUUCAAUUUAUUUGCAAACACCAAAGUAUUUUUAAAGUAAAUUUUCUACAAUUA